AUGUUGAAGUGUAACAAUUACCCUAACUGGUUCAUUCAGAAUGUCUUGAAACAGAGGGUACACAAGCACUACAACGGACUGCAGAACGACAAGGAGGUGGACGAAACGAAGUACAUUCCCACGCCAUAUGUCCCAUGCCUGAGUGAAAAGUUGCAAAAAAUCCUCAAGGAACAGGGCAUAACAUUGGCGGUGAAAGCAAAAUCGAAAUUGAAAAAUGAGAUUUUCGCUAAACUCAAGGACCCGAUCCCACCAGGACAACAUAAAAAUGUGGUGUAUUCGGUACCUUGUGGAACAGGGGAUGGAAAGGUGUACAUCGUACAGACGGGGAGAAAACUGGACACGCGGAUCAACGAGCACAAAAAUGACGUAAAACGGAAAGACAACAGGACUGGAUUAACGCACCACACGCUAUGUGACGGCCAUGUGUUUAAUUUUGACGAGACGAAAAUAAUUGAACGAAUCGCCGACCAGGAGAGCAGAGUAGUCGCGGAGACAUUCCACAUCAAGCUGGCAGGGGAAGCCAAUACAGUGAACCUCCAGCGUGAGUGUGGAUUGUUCAACACGAACUACAAUGCGUUAGUGUUUAAGCUGCGACAAGUGACGAACAACGAUAGACGACGAAGAGGAAACGAGAGAGGACGCGCACCACAACCGCAAAGUACCCUACUAGACAGUGGUACGUGA